AUGACCAUGGAACCGAACACCAGUGUGGCCCCCUUCCUCACUCACCAGCCCGACAGGCGACCCCAGCACCUGACUAUUCCUGGAUCUGCCGACCAGAGCGCUUUGUUGAGUCACUUUCAGGGACUGAGCCUUGCUGGAAUGAGUAUGCCUGGCCCCCAAGCCGGGCCUGUUCACAUGCAGCCGCCUUACAUGCUUGCGCCGGACGGGCUCAUCCUCGCCUCUAUGCCAACUCCCCAAUCGAUUCCCAUGAACCAUGCCAAUGAGGCCAACUAUUCUGCCUAUCAGAUGAACGGAGCAUUCCAAACCCCUUAUGCCCUGCCGGGAGCUCUUAUGCCUUUCACACCGGCUCGUGCCAACGCUGGAAAUCACCGUGCCGAUCGAACUCAGUCAGAGGUCCCUGGCUUGGAGAACCGUCGUGGUUCAUACUCGACCACGGAGUCCGCACCUGCAACUCCUUUCUACGGAAACUGGACCCAGCGUGAGAAUGGGCCCCGAGUUCACAGUGAUCGCUCUGCAUACACCACUCCUUCCCCUCACCAGCUCCUGGCUGCUCAACAGGUCGAGGGUGCAAACAAGUCCAAGUUUUCUCAUGCAUCUGAGCGUGUUCUGGAUGAGCUUCUGGUGAAGAGCCCUGCUAUCCCUGAGGCGGUCCCUGCGGUCUUCACUCCUGCGGGUCAGAUGAAGAGCCUUGACCAAAGCCUUGAAAACAGAAUUCCUGGAAACCGCAACGUCUACAUCCGUGGCCUUCACCCUACCACUGACGACGAGCUUCUCUACCAUUACACUGCCCGUUUUGGUCCUGUCGAGACCUCGAAGGCUAUCAUUGAUACUGGAACCGGUGCAUGCAAAGGGUUCGGAUUCGCCAAGUUUUUCGAUGUUGCUCACUCUGAGCUGUGUAUUCGUGGAUUUCACCGUCUUGGGUAUGAGGUCGGUUUUGCACGCGAGUCCUUCAAUUCUCGCCUCAAGGCCGAAGGCGAUGAUGACUCUACGAACCUCUACAUCUCAAACCUACCCAAGUCCUUGACCGAAGUAGAGCUUGGUGUCAUUUUCAGAGGCUUCACCAUCCUGUCAAGCAAGAUCCUUCGGGAUAGCAUGGGUAACAGUCGUGGUGUUGGUUUUGCUCGUUUCGAGGACCGAGACGUUUGUGACGAGGUGAUCGAGAAGUUUCAUGGCGCCACUGUUGGUGAAGAGGGCCUUCUCAUGAACAUUCGUUACGCCGAUACCCCAGCCCAGAAGGAGUUGAAGCGCGUCACUGCCGAGCGUCGCCAGUUCAGAACAAACGAGUACAACAUCGGGGCCUACGGUACUCCUCUUGUCGGCUAUGGUGGUUCCAUGUACCCCCAUCACGCGCAGAACCGACGAGCGGCUAUCCCCAUCACGCGCCCUCCUAUGCCGGAUGCUCCUUCUGUUUCCGAUACCAACAAUGCGACUCGACGACUGGCUACUCAGCGUCAAUCCAUUGGGACGGCUCCCAAUUCGAGCACCGAUGAUGCGGUCGCCACGCCCACUUCGUCCGAAUGCGAUGAGAACGUCACCAUCCACGCGGAAACCGUCGUCGCCAGUGCCUCUCUGGACUCGUCUCCUUCGAUCAAGAAGGACAGCAAGAAAGAGACCUGA